UUAUCGGAAGUCUUUAUCCUGUUAGUUCCUCUACUUUUCUAUCUCUACGGCGUUUUCUUCUUGUGGCGGCGGCUGCUGCUGCUUCUGCCGCCGCCAUGUUAGGGGCUGGCUGGCUGGCGCGGGGUCGACGGCUCUUGCAGCAUUCUAAGUUCCGGGUUUGUACGGGUGGCCCUCUCCGAGGCAACUCCGCUACCUCCCCCAGCCUGGCCGAAGACGGGCUGCAGCCGCUGCGGGAUAAAUUUGACGGGCUCAGCGUACACUUGUCUCAGCUGCGUUGUCCCGAGAGCCUGGAUCAAGCCACUUUCCGGAGCUGGCUGCAGGAUUCUAUCAAGCAAUGGAGAACAGAAGGCCACAUAGCUAUCUGGCUGCAUGUUCCUAUUCUACAAAGCAGAUUUAUAUCUGUGGCUGCAGAGCAAGGUUUUGCCUUCCAUCAUGCAGAAUCGGACUCUGCUACACUCACCCUUUGGCUAGCAGAAGGAUGCAGCAGGUUACCUAGUUACUCCACUCAUCAAUUAGGAGUUGCAGGUGCUGUAUUAGAUACCCACACUGGAAAAGUAUUGGUUGUACAAGACAGGAAUAAAACAACAAAUGUAUGGAAAUUUCCAGGAGGAUUGUCUGAACCAGGUGAAGACAUUGGGAACACAGCAGUCCGAGAAGUUUUUGAAGAGACUGGCAUAAAGUCAGAAUUCAAGUCUCUCCUAAGCAUACGGCAGCAGCACAGACACCCUGGAGCCUUUGGGAAGUCAGAUAUGUACAUUAUUUGCCGCUUGGAGCCUUCCUCUUUCAAAAUCCGUUUAUGCCAACAGGAGUGCCUGAGGUGUGAAUGGAUAGGCCUAGCUGAGCUUGCCAGAACAACAGACACUACUCCAAUCACCAGCAAUAUUGCUAGACUACUCCUAUAUGGAUAUAGGGAAGGAUUUGAUAAAAUUGAUAUAACUAUGAGAGAAUUUCCAGCUGUGUACACGGGCCUUUUCUAUAAGCUGUACCACAGAGAGCUGCCAGAGAAUUAUAGAAACAUGACAAAUUAGCAUAUGUAU